GCAGAGGCGGAAUAGAGUGAAGUUACCCUGACACGUGACUCUGUGCCCGCGGGAGGAGGAGGGGCAAUUGCCUUAGGGAAGUUGCUGUCAGUCGCCACUCACACUAACUUAUCCAUUACAGACUAACCUCCCAAUUCCUCCUAUCAGCGCCUCGCUCGCGCCCCGAGCCGACUCCUGAUUGGCUGCUGUGAGUGUGAGUGGGUUCGGUUGUGCAGAUGCACCCAGGCCCUGAAUGGCGAGGGUUGGUCAUUCGCAGUGACACAGUCGGAAGCGUCAUAUCCGGGUACUGAGUAGACAAGGGAGUCUGGGCCUAGGACCGGCCUCCUGUUACGUUAGCGCCUAACCCCCGGGAGGGAACGUCCCGAAAGACUGAGCGCGGGAGAGGGGUGCACUUCUUCUACGUUCCUGAACCUACACCCCAAGGACCAUGUCAGAAGGUGAAGGCAAAACUGCCCCCAGCACCGGGUCAGACCCCAAGAUGGAAAGUGGGGUCUCCAUGUCCCCACCUGUUAGUGCACCCCCUGCACCCCCACAGGAGGAGGAAGAGGAGGAGAGUGAAGAUGAGUCCGAGAUCCUGGAGGAGUCUCCUUGUGGCCGCUGGCAAAAGAGACGUGAGGAGGUGAACCAGAGAAAUGUGCCUGGCAUUGACUGUGCCUACCUUGCAAUGGACACUGAAGAAGGAGUGGAGGUGGUCUGGAAUGAGGUGCAGUUCUCUGAACGGAAGAACUUCAAAAUGCAGGAGGAGAAAGUGAGAGCCGUGUUUGAUAAUCUUAUCCAGCUGGAGCAUCUUAACAUUGUCAAGUUCCACAAGUACUGGGCCGAUGUGAAGGAGAACCGAGCCCGGGUCAUCUUCAUCACAGAGUACAUGUCCUCAGGGAGUCUCAAGCAGUUUCUCAAGAAGACAAAGAAAAACCAUAAAACCAUGAAUGAAAAGGCCUGGAAGAGAUGGUGCACCCAGAUCCUCUCUGCUCUCAGUUACCUGCACUCCUGUGACCCACCAAUAAUCCAUGGAAAUCUGACCUGUGACACAAUCUUUAUUCAGCACAAUGGACUUAUCAAGAUUGGAUCUGUCUUUCAUAGGAUUUUUGCUAAUGUUGCACCAGACACCAUUAACAACCAUGUGAAGACGUGUCGGGAGGAACAGAAGAACUUGCACUUCUUUGCUCCAGAGUACGGAGAAGUAACUAAUGUGACAACUGCGGUGGACAUUUACUCCUUUGGGAUGUGUGCGCUGGAGAUGGCAGUGCUGGAGAUCCAAGGAAACGGGGAGUCCUCGUAUGUUCCACAGGAGGCUAUAAAUAAUGCCAUACAGUUCCUGGAAGAUCCGCUGCAGAGGGAAUUUAUCCAGAAGUGCCUUGAAACAGACCCAAGCAAACGCCCUACAGCUCGGGAGCUGCUAUUCCACCAAGCCCUGUUUGAGGUGCCGUCUCUGAAAUUACUUGCAGCGCACUGCAUUGUGGGUCACCAACAUAUGAUCGCAGAAAACGCCUUAGAAGAAAUUACCAAAAACCUGGACAUGAGCGCUGUCCUUGCUGAGAUCACACACACAGACCGUGAUGGAGUGCGGAUGAUAUUCUCCCAGUCUCCAGCGCUGGAGUUAGACAAGUUCCUGGAAGAUGUGAGAAAUGGCAUUUACCCCCUGACAGCAUUUGGGGUGCCCCUGCCUCAGCAGCCCCAGCAGGAGGUGGUAAAAUCGCCGGUGGUUCCGCCCUCUGUAAAGACCCCAACCCCUGAGCCAGCCGAGGUGGAGACACGCAAGGUGGUGCAGAUGCAGUGUAACAUUGAGUCUGUGGAUGAGGGAGCCAAGCAUCAUCUGACAUUGUUACUGAAACUGGAAGAUAAACUGAACAGACACCUAAGCUGUGAUCUCCUGCCCAAUGAGAACAUUCAGGAGCUGGCGGCAGAGCUGGUACAGUUGGGCUUUGUCAGUGAGUGUGACCAGAGCCGACUCACCUGUUUACUUGAAGACGCUUUCAGCAAGUUCUACUUUACUCGCAAUGGAAACAUGGCUGCCGUCACCGUGUCAUCGUAGCAAUAACAAUGGCCUUCCCUCCGCUGCAGCCCCUCCCCCCAGAGACGCGCUAUUUCCUUCCAUGUCAAGAGGCAGCGUAUUAGGCAUGACAUCAUUCUGUUACAAUGCUCCUCCCAUUGCGCUGGGGGUGGGAGGAGCUGUCCUGCCCCCUAGUGGCACCUGCAGCCUCUGCUUUUGCUUUGCCCUCCUGUGUGUGUGCGCCAGGCUUUACCUCAGUGCAAUCGCCAGUAGCAAAACUGUCACUCCAAGUUCACUUUGUGAUUUAGUGAGAGAGGAGGGGACACUCCAUUGCCCCUGUUUACAAUGUCUGCUUCUUCUCUAGAAACUCCCUGCAGAAGUCUGGUUAUUUAACCCCCUGCAUCCGGGUGGGCAUCACACGUGUGACGUUAGACAUAAAAUAAUUCCCUCACUUGUCUCUCCUGUGCCCAAAUAAUGGGGCAACUAUUCUCCUUCCACUCAAACUGUGUGAGGGGCAGAGGCCUGCAGGGAGUUACUGGGGAAAUGGGCAGUCGCUGGCAUGGCUAGUGCAGAGAUAGAUAUUGAGCUUAUUCCCCUGCUCUGAGCUGCUGCUGCCAUACUGCUCACACGUAUACAUGGCGUAGUCUCUUAGCUGCCUGCAUGCCACAACUGUCACAUCCCCAACCGGCCUGCAACUGCCAGCAGCAAAAUACUGACAGAAGUACAAAUCACAAGAGAUGUGAGCUCCCACCACUGGGCAGGAGAGAGCACCCCCAAUGUCUGUCACAAGCACCCCGACUCUCUCAUUAGUUCAUGGUUUACUGGGAAUGGAAAUGUCACUGGCAGACUGACUGUCCCAAAUGGCCUAUAGAGUGCAGCUGUGCAAUGGCUCACUCCCAUGUUGUAUUAUAAAGUUUACUCUGCGGGUGACUUGAGGGAAGGUCCCAGUUAUAUUGUGGGUGCCAAGGGGGGGCCUGACAGAGAGGUUCAUAUACAUUGCUGGUCGCUUUGCACAGUGUCAACUCUCACCCCUUUCCUCUUGUGACACCUCCGUGUUUAUUUGUAACUAAUGUUUUACUUUAUUUUCUCUGUAAAUAAAACUUGGGUUUGUUGUAUUAAACACUA